UGCCGCAAAUUGUUUACUUGAUUUUAAAUAGAAUAACAUAAAAUUGACACUAAAUAAGAAGAAUUAUAAUGCUUUACGUGAGGGACUUAAUUAAUGUAAUUAUAAUACUCCUUUCGUACACACUUGCUACCCGUCAUAUUAAUUGUGUAUGAAUUUCAUCAAAUGGUAUUAAUAAGUAGUAUUGUGAAACAAACGUUCUAAUACAGCUUUUUAUAAUUAUUCUAGUGACACCGUGGUUCUGGACGUGGAAACGUGCGGUUUUAUUGUGCGUUAUAACUUUAAUACUUCUAGCUGUUGUAAUGUCCAUAACUGUACAUUUCACUCAUAAAUCAGACGCAUCGGUCUCCUCGAAAAUUCCAAUCUCAUUGCUCGAUGACCCCGACAAGGUAUCCCCGUUAUCCGGCUACUACAAGGUUGUGUGCUAUUUCACAAAUUGGGCCUGGUACCGAGAUAAAAUCGGCCGUUACAUGCCGGAAUACAUCGAUCACACUCUAUGCACGCAUAUAGUGUACGGCUUUGCAGUGCUAGAUAAUUUCAAGCUGGUGAUUAAGGUGAAAGACUUUUGGGCGGACUACGAAAAUCAUUUCUACGAGAAGGUGGUAGCGUAUAAAAAGCGGGGUCUUAAGGUGCUUCUCGCGCUGGGCGGGUGGAAUGACUCCGCCGGCGACAAGUACAGCCGAUUAUUGGUGAAUAGUCCAUCCGCUAAAAAGAAAUUCAUCAAUCAUGCCAUUCAGUUUAUCGGAAAUUACGGCUUUGACGGAUUGGACUUGUUUAGGGAGUAUCCUGUUUGCUGGCAGGGAAAUUGCAACAAGGGUCCAGAUUCGGAUAAAGAGAGCUUUGCAGCUAUAUUGCGGGAAUUAAGCGCUGUAUUCAAGCCAAAAAAAUUGCUUCUCUCGGCAGCGGUCUCGCCGGACAUGCAGGUGAUUGACAAGGGCUACGACGUCCCGGCGUUGGCCAAGUAUUUGGACUGGAUCACCGUCAUGGCGUCUGACUAUCACGGAGAGUGGGACAAUCGUACCGGUCAUGUUGCGCCUUUAUUUUAUCAUCCGGACGAUGAGAAGUACUACGAUGAGAUGUACUACUUGAACGCUAACUAUUCGAUCAACUAUUGGAUUUCGAAGGGUGCACCACCCAGGAGCAUUGUUA